UGUCCAAUCACGAGACUAGAUAGCUUCACAAGAUGGCGGCGCGCUGGGAGCGUAACACCUGCGUUUCUAGGAGCUUCGCGCUGCGGGUGGCUUGAGAUUGUGGGGUCGUACAGGCCCAAGCCAGACAGGACGUCUGGCAGGAACGUUGGCCUCAGAGAUGGCUCUGAGUAAAUCAAUGCAUGCAAGAAAUAGAUACAAGGACAAACCUCCUGACUUUGCAUAUCUGGCAUCCAAAUAUCCAGAUUUUAAGCAACAUGUUCAGAUAAAUCUGAAUGGAAGAGUGAGUCUUAAUUUUAAAGACCCUGAAGCAGUCAGAGCUCUGACUUGUACUCUCCUGAGGGAAGAUUUUGGACUUUCUAUUGAUAUUCCAUUGGAGAGACUAAUUCCCACAGUUCCCUUGAGGCUCAACUAUAUUCAUUGGGUGGAAGAUCUGAUUGGUCACCAGGACUCUGACAAAAGUACUCUGCGAAGAGGAAUUGACAUAGGUACGGGGGCAUCCUGCAUCUAUCCUUUACUUGGAGCAACCUUAAAUGGCUGGUAUUUCCUUGCAACAGAAGUGGAUGACAUGUGUUUCAACUAUGCAAAGAAAAAUGUGGAACAGAAUAACCUAUCUGAUCUCAUAAAAGUGGUGAAAGUGCCACAGAAGACACUCCUGAUGGAUGCUCUUAAAGAAGAAUCUGAGAUAAUCUAUGACUUUUGCAUGUGCAACCCUCCCUUUUUUGCCAAUCAAUUGGAAGCCAAGGGAGUAAAUUCUCGAAAUCCUCGAAGACCUCCACCAAGUUCUGUAAAUACAGGAGGCAUCACAGAGAUCAUGGCAGAAGGAGGUGAAUUAGAGUUUGUCAAAAGGAUCAUUCAUGACAGUUUACAACUUAAAAAAAGAUUAAGGUGGUAUAGCUGUAUGCUGGGAAAGAAAUGCAGCCUGGCACCUCUGAAGGAAGAGCUUCGCAUACAAGGGGUUCCUAAAGUCACCUACACCGAAUUCUGUCAAGGUCGGACAAUGAGAUGGGCCUUAGCUUGGAGUUUUUAUGAUGAUGUAACAGUACCAUCACCACCAAGUAAGCGAAGAAAAUUAGAGAAGCCAAGGAAACCCAUUACGUUUAUAGUGUUGGCAUCUGUGAUGAAAGAAUUAUCCCUCAAAGCAUCUUCUUUGGGCUCUGAGACGGUGGAAGGCAUAGUGGUUGUCACAACAUGGAUUGAAAAAAUUCUCACCGAUCUGAAGGUCCAGCAUAAACGAGUUCCCUGUGGAAAAGAGGAAGUUAGCCUGUUCCUGACAGCCGUAGAAAACUCUUGGAUUCAUUUAAGGAGAAAGAAAAGAGAGCGAGUGAGACAAUUGAGAGAAGUUCCUAGAGCUCCUGAGGAUGUCAUUCAAGCCUUGGAAGAGAAAAAGUCCACCCCCAAAGAGUCCGGCAAUAGCCAAGAAUUGGCCAAGGAUCCCCGGGAGGGUGCCCUGUGUGGGCCUGCUCUGCAGGAAGGCGAGCCUGCCGCUGUUGAGGGCCACUGCCUGAGCCAGGAGUCACUUUCCCAGGAGGAAACCCCAGAACCCAUGGAGGAUGAAAGGAGUGAGGAAAAGGGAGGGAUGGAGGUUUUGGAAAGUUGUAAAGGCUCUAGCAAUGGAGCCCAGGACCAAGAGGCUUCUGAGCAGUUCAGCAACCCAGUGGCUGAAAAGGGCAAACAUCUCCAAGGAGUGGCUGGACAUUACCUGUUUAAGUGUUUGAUAAACGUUAAGAAGGAGGUGGACGAUGCCUUAGUUGAAAUGCAUUGGGUCGAGGGCCAGAACAGGGAUUUGAUGAACCAGCUUUGUACCUAUAUACGUAACCAAAUUUUCAGGCUUGUGGCUAGUUAACUCCAAACUCCUUGCACAGCUGGAAUAGUAUAAAGCAGCUUGUUUUGGAGUGUCCUGUAGGGUGGCAAGAGGAAUUCCACAUUGACCCAUUAGAAUUAUGUGGAGUUUAAAAAAAAAAAAAAAAAUCCCCCAAACCAGAAACCAAUUAAUUCAUUUUUAAACCUCUCCCGGCCCCACCCAGCUUUUUUUAAGGUUACAGGGAGUUGUAGUGUGGUAGUUCAGGAGGAAGAAUUAUAUUAGCAACAGCAAAAAGCCAUCAGUAAACUCAUGAGGGAUUUAAAGCCAACUUAAGCUGGUCCCUGCAGCUUUGGACUGGUUGUCUGAGGCCAAAGGGAUUGUUGGUGGAGUCUGGCCUGGGCAGCACUGCCCAGAGCAUCAUAUUCGCUGCUUCUUGAGGAAGGGUGGCUCUCUUGGCCUACAGUUAGGGCAGAUAGGCCCUGAUUCUCUCUUCUAGGUCACGCUUCGAGACUGACACUGGCUCUGGGUGCAUGUGAUUGAUUGACCCUGUGCCAGUCCUAAGCAAGGAACUGGCCCAGUGGGAGAGUCAGGGAGGAAAGCUUAGUAAUGCCAGAAAGAAGGGCAGAUCUGGGGAAUGGCGCAUUCCUGACUCAGGCUGUUUUGAUGUUUAUUUCAGGAGCAGAAUGAGGUAAACAAAACUCCUAGGUGUGACUGAGACACAGCAGGACGCACCCAUACCCCCACCCCCAGC